GCCGCCCGCCGCCCGCGCCCGCCCGCCGCAGGCCGAGGGCCAGCCAGCGCGGGCUGGCGUUCCUCUCCGUUCGCGCCCCGCCCCUCCCUUCCCGGACGAGUAACGAUUACAGGGCACUUUCCCCGCCGCGAUUUCUGCUUAGUCAUUGUCUUCCAGGAAACAGCUCCCUCGGGUUGGAGCCGCCUCUCCCGCGGAGCCGCAGCCGGCGCUUCUCUCCGCGGCCGCCGCGCCUCCGCCGCGCCGCCCCGGCCUCCUCGGCCCGAGCGCAGACCGGGCUGCAGCCGCGUGGGGCCGGCGCCUCGCGCUGCCCUCUCUGGCCUCGGACACAUCGUCCUGCGGGGCAGUCGCCUGCCAGCCCGCCCGCCCGCGGUCCGUCGCCCCUCGGCGGCCGCUGCCAUGGGCACCAACAGCCGCGCGGCCGGGGCGCUCCUGGCGCGGGCCAGCACCCUGCACCUGCAGACCGGGAACCUGCUCAACUGGGGCCGCCUGCGGAAGAAGUGCCCGUCCACGCACAGCGAGGAGCUUCGAGAUUGUAUCCAAAAGACUUUGAAUGAAUGGAGUUCCCAAAUCAGCCCAGAUUUGGUCAAGGAGUUUCCAGAUGUCUUGGAGUGUACUGUAUCUCAUGCAGUAGAGAAGAUAAACCCUGAUGAAAGAGAAGAAAUGAAAGUUUCUGCAAAACUGUUCAUUGUAGGAUCAAAUUCUUCAUCAUCCACUAGAAAUGCAGUUGACAUGGCCUGUUCAGUCCUUGGAGUUGCACAGCUGGAUUCUGUGAUCAUUGCUUCACCUCCCAUUGAAGAUGGAGUUAAUCUUUCUUUGGAGCAUUUACAGCCUUACUGGGAGGAAUUAGAAAACUUAGUCCAAAGCAAGAAAAUUGUUGCUAUAGGUACCUCUGACCUAGACAAAACACAGUUGGAACAGCUGUAUCAGUGGGCACAGGUAAAACCAAAUAGUAACCAAGUUAAUCUUGCCUCCUGCUGUGUGAUGCCACCUGAUUUGACUGCAUUUGCUAAACAGUUUGACAUACAGCUAUUGACUCAUAAUGAUCCAAAAGAACUGCUUUCUGAAGCCAGUUUCCAAGAAGCUCUUCAGGAAAGCAUCCCUGACAUUCAAGCACACGAAUGGGUACCACUGUGGCUGCUGAGGUACUCGGUCAUUGUGAAAAGUAGAGGAAUCAUCAAAUCAAAAGGCUACAUUUUGCAAGCCAAAAGAAGGGGUUCUUAACUACAACUUAGGGUUAAUAACCUGUUGACCUGUAUUUUUGUUGAAUAUAAAAUUGAGAUGUGUAAAAAAUCUAGUUAUGACCUAUUAAUAGUGUCAUUGAGGCACAUAUUCUUAAUAUGUUGGAUAGUAUGUUGUCUGUCAUGUUUUGAUUACUUCUUUUGCCUCCAUAUCAGUCCACUCACAUGAACCACUGUAUUGUUUUUAUUAAACAAUUGUUUUCUAUUUGAAAUUGUCUAUAUAAAGAAAAUACUUGGAAUAUAUUUUUCCUUUAUUUUUAUGAGUAUUAGAAAUCAAGAAAAUUUGUUGGUAGAUAUAUUUUGGCCUAGGCAUCAGGAUAAUGUAUAUACAUAUUUUUUAUUUCCAAAAAAGUUCAUUAAUUCUUUUUACUCUAAAGUAUAGCUAAGCAAUUUAAUUUCAGUUGUUAAAACUGAAAUACUGGAAGAUAUUUUUUUCUGUCAUUGAUAAAAUAACUAUCUCUCAGUAACUGGAGUAGCUAGGAUCUAGUAGUGUAAAUAAAAUUUAUUCUUCAAUACAUGGAUAGAAACAAUUUUUUAUAUUUUCUUGCUUGUAAUUUACCUAUGAUUUAACCAUGUAUUCUUAUGCCAUAUUUUGUUCUAUUUACAAAAACAAACCAAAGUAAAUCUGAAGUCUAGUUUUCAAAUUAUUGUUUGAAGGCUUUAUAAAAACUACCACUACCCUCUCCAGAUUCUUUUUAAUUCCUAAUCCAUCCUUGAAGUAUUGCUACUCACUUGAGUUAUUCAGUAAGUAUUGCACACUUACACUGUGGGCUCUAGACAGAAGAUGAAGCACAGAGCCACAGUCAGUUAUGUGAUAUUUGUUUCCCAUUAAUAACUGACUAGGAGGGACCAAAGCCAGAAAAGUGUGAGAAAAAUCUUUACUUCAGGGCCAGCGUUGUCUAUUUAAACAACUUUGUUUGAGCUGUGACCUUAACUCUUGUUUUCUUUGCUGCUUAGGAUUGCACCCAGGCCCUUUGCUAAAAGCACAAACUCUUACCACUUAACUACACCCCAGCCUGGUCUUAAUUAUCUUAAACCAGAACAAUCAAAAAUAAUCAAAACUUUAGAGCUAGAAGAGAUUAUAGGUCAUUGAGUAUAAUUCACUAGUUCAAGAAGCAGAAAACUGCAAAUAAAUAAACUAUGGCCUUUGAUAUAUACUAAAGGUCUCCUUAAAUCUAUAAAUUCAUAACCCAAAUAACUUUCUAAAUUCUUAAAAAAAUCUCUUGUAUCUCAUUGUAAAUCUCUUAACCUCUUGUAUCAAUUAAACCAUGGAUCUAUAUAAUCUUAUUUUGCUCAAAUUUUCUCAACUGAAAGAAAGUAACUAUGGUUCUAUAUCAAAAAUAAAUACAAUAUAACCUUUUCUUACAUAAGGUUUUAUAGUUUACUGGUUGGAAAAUUUGAUCAUUAGAAUUAUGUGAAAUCAAGUGAUUUGCCUGCUAAAACUUAUUUAGACUUUGAGCUUCUUAAAGUCUUCUAGCCUUUAUAUUAAUCAUAUGUAACAUUAAAUAUAGUUAACUUUUUAAUUUAGAAAUGUACAAUAGAUUUCACAUAAGUCCUUAAAUGCUUAUUUUAAAUCUAUGCAGUGAAAUGGCUGAAGUAUUUUAAAGGGGAACAUUAAUAUCACAUUUAUCAUUUUUCAAAAUCCAGAACUUACAAAGUAGAUUCUCUGAAGGGUUAUUUUGAAAAUGGAAAAACAACUUACAUUGCUAAUGUAUCUAAAACACAGUAGAAGCUUUUUUGUGAUCUCAGACACUACUGUUGACAAAGAAGUAAGAUGAAAGGUUCAUUUUGUGAAGAAGAUUAUGUACAGAAUUUUUAAAUGAGUUUUUGAUGUUUCAUUCUACUUGAAUUUCUCUUAUUGAAUAAGAGAAAUUGAGUUUUUUAAGGCUUUAUAAUUUUUCAAGCUAUUGUUUACAGCUGUUCUCCAUGAACUGUCAGAAAUUAGUGAAUAAUGAAUACUUUCCAAAUAUUAAUUACUUAAUGUUUUAAAAGCCAUAAAUGAAGAAUGGUAAUACUAUCAAAUAAUUGCUUAAAACUUAGAGCUAAGUUAUUAAUAGUGUAUGACAGAUAUAUUUUCUGGGGAGAUGUGAAUCUAGUAACCCAAGAUAGAAAGUUAUAUAAUUUUUCCCCAGUAAAUACAUAAAGAAACUGUAGUUUGUUAUUAUAUUUCCAGAAUACACUAGAGCCUUACUUAACACAGUGUACUGUAACUUGGAAUUUAUCCUGCAUCCCACCCAUCCAAGAAGCCGUAGUCACCAGAAGGACCACAGUGUCUUGUAUAUUUAGCUGGUGUAAAUUCUGAAGACCACAUUGCACCAGUACUUUACUAGAGUGUCCACUGAGGGACAGUGCUAGAACUUGAAUCAUAAGUAAUAGCUAAUAAUUUUUCAGGCCUCAAAAAAGAGAUCAUUUGAACAGCUGUAUGAAAAAGAAAUAAGUUACUCUGUUUUACAUGAAUGGUUCAGACUUUCCUGUACCAGAGCCAAGUAAUAAAUAGAAUUAGAAUCUUAAUUUUCAGUGAUAAAAGGCCCAAGGUUCACUUAAGAUUUUGUUUCCAGGUUUUCCACUCAGUAUUUUCAACUUUUGGGUCUGUAAGCAACUGAUAUAUUUAUUGUCUUAUAGGCUGACAAUUCAUCUUUCUGCCAAAUGUACAUUUAGAGAAAUGUGAAGUUGUUUAAAUGAAAAUUUAAACCAUUUGUGUCACUGUAUGUUUUCAUACUCAAAUAUACCAACUUAUGAUUUUGAACCUAUUUCUACAUCAUUAACUUGUACCAAUACUUACUCUUUCCCUAUAAAGUUGGUGAUGGGAUUUGUCAGUUCAAUUUUUGAAAAAAAUACUACUAUGACUUUCAUUAAUAUUUUUAUAGUUUUAGAAUUAGAGAUACAUUUAGGAAGGGAAAAGUUUUAGAUAAUUGCUUUAUGUGCCUGCAGUAGUGUACUAUAAGAUAGAAGAUAUAAAGCAUUAUUAGUUAAAUAUUUAUAAUAACUUUUACUUUUGCCUAUAUUAUGAAUUUAAAAUAAAACGUGAGUUGUAUAUUUUUAAAUUGAGUUGUUUCAAUAGUGGGAGCAUCCUAGAACAUUAUACUGAUUUUAAACUAUUUGAAUUUAAACUGAGUAUGAUUUGAAAAUAAAUUAUGAAUAAUUUUUAAAUAUCUAA